AUACCACCAACAAACUAGGUUACUUAGUAACACAACCAAAAUUAUAGCAAAGAAAAAAGAACCCAGAAUUCUUCAGAGUUAGUUAUUUUUUGUUCGAGUAUUUUUAAGAAUGGAAGGAAUAGUUGUUGUUUUUGAUUUUGAUAAAACCAUUAUUGAUUGUGAUAGUGAUAAUUGGGUUGUUGAUGAAUUGGGUUUUACUGAUCUCUUCAAUCAACUCCUUAAUACCAUGCCUUGGAAUUCUAUGAUGGAUGUACUGAUGAAGGAAAUGCAUGAAGAAGGAAUAACAAUCGAUGAUAUUGCUGAUGUUUUGAAAAGAAUUCCAAUUCAUCCUCGAAUUGUUCCAGCCAUUAGAGCUGCCCAUGCUGCAGGGUGUGAUUUGAGGAUUGUUAGUGAUGCAAAUUUGUUCUUCAUUGAGACCAUAUUGGAACAUUUAGGUUUGAGCGAUUACUUCUCGGAGAUUAACACUAAUCCUGGUUAUGUUGAUGAAGAAGGGAGAUUAAGGAUUUUACCUCACCAUGAUUUCACCAAAUCUUCUCAUGGAUGCACCAACCCUUGCCCUCCAAAUAUGUGCAAGGGUAUGGUGAUCAAAAGGCUAUUAUGUAAGCAUGGAAACAAGAAAUUCAUCUAUUUAGGAGAUGGACUUGGAGAUUAUUGUCCUUCAUUGAGGCUAAGAGAAGGUGAUUAUGUUAUGCCAAGGAAGAACUUCCCAGUUUGGGAUUUAAUCUCAAACAAUCCAGAGCUCAUAACAUCAAAAAUCCAUGAAUGGACCAACGGCGAAGAUUUCGAACGCGUUCUAUUGUCACUGAUUCAAGCUAUCAUCUCAAAUGCAGAUGAUAACGAUGCUGCUCAUUUCUUCAAUCGUGACUGCAAGUUUGAGUCCUUGCCAAUUUCUUCCCAUGACACCUUGCCUCAAGCUCUCGGAGUUGGUCCGCAAAAAUGUUGCAUUGUGCAUCCACACAUUUCAAGAUCCGCGUCUUUUGGCAUAUCAUACAAGAACAAGAUACCGAAGGGUUCACGUGGCGGAAAAACAUCAGGACCAAAUCAAUUGAAGAACCUGCUCACUGCACGAUUGCAGUCAAACUCUCGAAUUUCGCACGGUUUCUAAAUCUGCCAGAACUUUGUUUAAGACGUGUAAACCUCAGAUUUUUUGGUGCCGUCUUUUGUUCCAUACUUCCUUUGUUUUUGGAUCUAUAUCCUUGUAUUUCUGUCUUUAUGUUUUAAGACUUUAAACUUAAUGUGUGAAUUUGAACCUGAUUAGUUUAUGAGAUCUAUCGCCUCAUGGUAGAGAGAGGUAGACCUUGUGUUA